AUUUCGAAAUUGCUUUCAUGCAGAAUUUUGACAUGCAGUAUAUUGUUCCAGAGAAAGAACCUUUAUUUAAUGAGACAAUUCCGUUGAUGCAAUGCAUGGUUCUUUGUUUGUCAAUGUCAUCAUGUCUGUCUGUGUUUGUUUCAAACAAAAAUACUUGUAAUGGAUACCACUUUACACAUCGCCACCCUACAGGAAUACAGUUUCACCGUUCCGAAGAUGAUUCAUAUUUCUACAAAGUACACGAAUGCAACACACCUGGUUACACCUGGAAUUCAACACACCAGUAUUGUUACAAGUAUCAUACAACGAGAAAAACAUACGAAGAGGCACGAACAGCGUGUAGUCAAGACGAUCCUAGAAGUCACUUAUUUCUUGUGGACUCUGAACGUGACUUCGUGUUUUUACAGUAUAUAAUCGAUCUUUAUGGGAAAAUAAUGUACCUACAAGGAAUAAGAAAAGACAGGUCCUCACCCUUGCUAAAUGACUUCGGUGGAGAAAUGACAUUUUUCAUGUGGGAUGAAAAUGAGCCCAUAGCUGACUCAAGCCGUGUUUACCUACGUACAAAUAAUUUGAAUCCAACUUCAAUGAAAGUAACAAGAGGACAAAUGGCCAGACAUUUUCUUUGUUUUAUUAUGUAGAAAUUACAUAGUAUGCUUAUUAUGAAUUUUAUACAAUGCUAUUCAAACUGAAAAUUGUAUUUUUUCUGAGUGUGAUUUUUAAAU